UCCUACAGAAACUGGUCUUGCAUAUCCUUGCAUUACAGAAAUAUCAGGUCAAACUGAAAAGUCAUCUUAAGUAUUGCCAGCAGCAGCAGUCAUUAAUACUGAGCCAUGCACAGUAUAUCUAUCAUCAGUUUUUGCAGUGCCACAAUGCUAACCGCACUGAUCGUGGGCGAGCAUACUAUAGCAAUGCCUAUGGAUCUUAAUGAGUCCAAGAAUAAGACCCAAAAGAUUGUCAUUGUUGGAGCUGGAAUAUCUGGAGUGGGCGCAGCCAGAAAGCUGCUGAAACAAGGAUUGACUGAUGUGCAGAUAAUUGAGGCAUCAAGCCAGCCUGGAGGACGGAUCAGAGGCUCUCUGUUUGGCAAAUCAGUGGUACCUGAAGGAGCCCAAUACAUUCAUGGGGCAAGCAUGAAGAAUCCCAUUUUUCAACUGGCCAAAGAGUAUGACCUUCUCCAGGAAAUAUACAACAUGUCUGGUGCUGAGUGGUCAGUGUUCACCAACACUCAGAAACAGCUCGAUCAUGACUUUGUUGAGGAAAUGGUGAAUCUAACUAAUUUUCUGAGGAAGCAAAUAGCCCUUCAUUCUCAAGGAAAGGGAUACGUGGAAGUUAGAAGCAUUGGUCAGGUCUAUGUGGAGGAAUUAAAGAAGGUCUUCUCAAACUGGACUGACGACGCUCCCAAUUUCAGGAGGCGAAAGCUUGGUUUCCUCAAUAUGAUGACGAAGGAUGAAUGUUUAAAAUUUUCAUCACAAAAUCUGAAUGAUGUGUCUCUGCAGGAAUUUAGUGAAUAUGAAUAUAUUGGUGACGAUGAACUCAAUUCUCCACAAUUAUUUCUCAAAUUAAUCUCCAGUCUGGUGAAAGAGAUUCCAAGGGAGAAGCUGAUCCUGCAGAAGCCUGUUAAACAGAUCCAGUGGAAUGGAAGUUUUGAAUCAGAAGAUGGCACAUUCUAUCCAGUUAGGGUGGUGUGUGAAGAUGGGGAUCACAUUCUAGCUGAUCAUGUCAUUGUGACUGUUUCAUUGGGUUAUCUGAAAGCAGAAGCAAAGGCCUUGUUCCAGCCAAGCCUUCCAGAGGACAAGUUGCAAGCGAUCAAACACAUGGGCUUUGGUACAACAAAUAAGAUUUUCCUGGAGUAUGAGGUUCCGUUUUGGAACAGUUCGGAACACUGGAUUGGAUUGGUUUGGGAGGACGAAACUCCAUUUUCCGGCCUAAAACCAAACCUAGCUGAGUGGUGGAGACGCAUUUUUGCUUUUGAUGUGGUCCAUCCAGUAGAAAGAUAUGGGCAUAUCCUUUUGGGAUGGAGUUCUGGGAAAGAAGCUGAGUUUAUGGAAACACUCAGUGAAGAGGAUCUAGUAUCAAACAUUACCAGGAUCUUAAGGCAAUUCACUGGAAAACCCGUACCACGGCCUAAAAAUGCUUUUGUGACAAAAUGGUUCAGUAACCCUUACACUCGGGGUUCCUACUCCCACAUAUCCAUCGAUUCAACUGGAGACAUGAUUGACACACUGGCUGAACCCUUACCACAGGAAGGAGACAAGGGACAUCCGAGAAAGACGAUGCAGAUUUUAUUUGCUGGUGAAGCAACACAUCGGAGCUACCACAGCACCAGCCAUGGAGCACUGCUGUCGGGCUGGAGGGAGGCUGAUCGACUGAUCAAUCACUACUCCACCAGUGAGGAAGAACAUCGUCAGACAAAUAACAUGAAUCCCAAGGAGAAAAUCCCAAAGGUGGUCAUUAUUGGAGCCGGGAUAGCUGGUGUGGCAGCUGCUGAAAAAUUGUACCACCAGGGAUUCGCUGAUGUACAGAUUAUUGAGGCAUCAAGUCAGCCUGGAGGACGGAUCAGGAGCUAUCCAUUUGGUAAAUCAGUGGUCGAUGAAGGAGCCCAGUACAUUCAUGGGGCAAGCAUGAAGAACCCCAUUUUUCAACUGGCCAAACAAAAUGACCUUCUGCAGCAAGUGUACAAUAAAUCAGGCACAGAGUGGUCAGUGCUCACCAACACUCAGAAACUGCUCGACUCUGACUUCACUGAGGAAAUGAGAAAUCUAGCAAGCAGCAUUCUGAGGCGUGCUCAUUGUCUUGCUGAAGAGAAAAGGUACACUCAAGCUAAAAGCCUUGCUGAAGUCUACUCAGAGGAAGUAAAGACCUUACUCAAACAAUGGACUGAUGACCAUGUCGAGCUGAGAAUACAGAAAUUGGCUUUGUUGAGCAUGUCAAUGAAAUGGCAAUGUAUCCAUCUUGCAACAAAUAGCCUAGGAGAUGUAUCUGUUCAUGAAUACAGAGAGUAUAAAAACAUUGAAGGUGAUGACCGAAAUUCUCCAGGACUGUUUCCCAGCCUCUUGCAGAAAUUGCUGGAGGUUAUCCCUGAAGAGAAACUGUUGCUGGAGAGGCCAGUUAAACAAAUCCAAUGGGAUGGAAACUUCAUAUCGGAGGACACUUCACUGUAUCCAGUCAGAGUGGUGUGUGAAGAUGGAAAUCACAUUCUAGCUGACCACGUCAUCGUAACCAUUUCACUGGGUUGUCUAAAGGCAAAUAGCCAGUCAUUGUUUCAGCCAAGCCUUCCCAAGAAGUAUCAGCAUGCUAUUCAAAACAUGGGCUUUGGUACAAUGAAUAAGAUUUACCUGGAGUAUGAGGCGCCAUUUUGGGAUGAAAAUACAGACAUAAUUGGAUUGGUUUGGGAGGAUGAGACCCCAUUGUCUGCCCAGAAACCCAACCUGGCUGAGUGGUGGAGACGUGUUCCAGUCAUUUAUGUGUUCAGGCCACCUGAAAGGUUUGGUCAUGUCCUUGUGGGAACAAUCUCCGGAAAAGAGGCAGAGUUUGUGGAAUCCCUGAGUCCUGAGGAAAUAGCGUCAAAUUUCACCAAACUUUUCAGACAAUUUACUGGGAGACCUUCACUGCCUGCACCAAAAAAUGCUUUUGUGACAAAGUGGUUCAGUAACCCUUACACUCGGGGUUCCUACUCCCACAUAUCCAUCGAUUCAACUGGAGACAUGAUUGACACACUGGCUGAACCCUUACCACAGGCAAAAGAGGGAACUUCUUCUCCGACGAUGCAGAUUUUAUUUGCUGGUGAAGCAACACAUCGGAGCUACCACAGCACCAGCCAUGGAGCACUGCUGUCGGGCUGGAGGGAGGCUGAUCGACUGAUCAAUCACUACUCCACCAAAUGAAUUUCUAAAACGGAUGGAGAACUGAAAUUUGGAAUACUUGCUACUUUUCCAAUUCUUUGAUUGCUGUCAUUUUUUCAAGCAAACCCCUUUAAUAAGAAAACAGUCAAUUGCAUACAAGAUAUUAGAUCUUUUCGCAAAUUGUUAGAUUUUAAAAUAUUUUCAGUACAAUGAUAUUUUAAACUAAAUCAUAUCAAAUUCAUCAAUCUCCUUUAUAUAUGAUUGUUCCGGUGAACUUAAUGAUAAUAAAUCUAAGUAGGAAUUUGACCAUAUAGUUCAGACUGAUUUCCGUGAGGAAAAAAAACCUUCUACUCAAAGAGUGAUGGAUAUCAGAAAUAAUCUUUCAAAUCAGUUGCAGGAAGGACAAAAAAAAAGAUCAACUGCAAAUGUGAUGCUCUGAUGGAGAAGUUAGUGGACUUGAAAAAUCAUCUAUUGUAAAUCCAAAGUUUUCUCUUGUCUCUCUCAGCCCAUCAUUCUUCUUACUUACAUUUAUGUAGAGAAUUGAUUUUGUUCUCGGACAGCCCUUGGCUCUCCCUAAUGUUUUAAAUAUCUAUACACGUAGGCAGGGCAGUGUGCGUAACAUUUCAUGACCAACUGAUUGCAACUGUGACAGCCUACUUACUUAAUAUUUGAAGUUACAAAAGCAUUUCAUUCAGAAAUUAAAAUAAUAGUUCUAGGCUGCCUUAGUUAAAUGCAACCAAAUAGAACAAAUAUUUUAAAUAUUGUGCUGCAGUGAAUUGGAAAUAACUAAAUUCCCUGUUGAGAUUCUGAUAUGUGUGCAGUGAAUAUGCCUGCAUUUAUAAACAGUCUAAAGAAAGAACCAUUAGCUUCCACAGAAAACUUAAGGCAUCCAACACACUCCACUCUCACCAUACUCUUCCUCUUCACCAAGAUUUCAGGCAUGGUUUCUGAGAAGAAUUUGAAUAAUGGCUCUUAAUCUUUCUAAAGAUAAAGAAAAUUGCUGUUUCAUUGAUCUAUUUCUAAGGUGUAUCUGGUUUCUGCGCGUUGGUGAAUGUUAUCCAGAAUUUGAGUUCGAUUAGACAGAAACCUCUUCUACCAAUGGAUCAUUGGAAAAACCUUCAAGCCUACAGACAACAAGUGCAAAACUCUUGCCAGAGAUACAAAAUCAAAUUAACUUAAGAAUUUGAUUAGUGCUUAGUUGAAGAAAUCCAAAAUAAAAUCAUUAUAAAUUGCCAAAUAUGUCACCUCAAAUCUCUCUACUCUCUGAACCCUGCUUUUUUACUCACUUACUAUCGUUGUUAAAAUGCUAAACGUUAGUAAUACACAAUGAACAGACAUGUUUAUGUAAGAAUCCUUCUUUUUGAAAACUGCUCUUUCAUUCUCACUCUCCUCAUUCUUAUACAUUCAUGGGAUGUGUGUAUCACUGGCUAAGGCAUUUAUUGCCCAAAUCUAAUUGCCCUCGAGGGAUGGCAGCAAAGUGCUAUGUUCCUUGGGGUGCAGGUACAUCUACAGUACUGUUAGGGUGAUACAAAGUUAAAAAUCAUACAA